ACAGCUCUUUGUUCUUCAUACGCUAACUUGUCUACGAUUUUGUAGACGAGCAAGGUUUAUAUUCUGGCAUUUACAUCUAUAAUGGCGAAACGUAGUCCACCGGAAAGUGACUUUGAAGACGCAGAAUCUUUUUCAGAUCAGUCAGAAAAGAAACCCAGUUCUUCUCGUCGACUGAAAAAAGGAGGUGCCAAAGUAGAUGUGAAGCCGAACAAACCUCGCACAGUCAAAAAGCCCAAGUUUGAUGAGUCUAGUGAUGAGGAUGAGACCGAAAAACACCACUCUGUUGCAGUUCAUUCUACCCCAGAAGGAGAGAAAUACAUCGACUUAGGCAAAAAGAAACGUGCUACUGUAAGAAAGUUUAAGGGUGCUGUUUUUGUUGACGUACGUGAAUUUUUUGGCAACCCUGGGGAGGAGAAACCAGGGAAAAAGGGAAUUUCACUUGGUUUGGAGCAGUGGGAGGCUCUAAAGAGCGGUGCGAGUACUAUUGAUUCUCUCUUCACCGAGCUUAAAUCGUAAAAUUGCUCCACUACAUUGUCUCGCCGUUUGUGAGCAACCGUCUAAUCAUUAUGUAUAGUACCAAUAGUACUACAUAUCCUGUAUUUUUAUGCAAUACCUGCAGCAGCUUUGUGUGCACCUUCU